AUGGUUUUAGCUGCAAUUCUUACUGAUACACCCAAAUCUGAACCAUUCAAGCAUGGUUUGGAAGUGAAAGAGUUUAACCCACCACAACCACAAGCAAACGAAUCUGUUGUCAAAGUCAGAGCAGUCGCGUUCAAUCAUCGUGAUAUCUGGAUUCUCAAGGGUCUUUAUCCUGGUAUCGUCCUCAAUUCCGUGCUUGGUGCCGAUGCCGUCGGAGUUCUCGAGAAGAAGGGCGCUGCAUCUGUCAACGAAGGUCAGCGAGUCCUUAUUAGUCCAAGUGUCAACUGGGACUCCUGUCCUCGUGGUCCUGAAGGUGAUUUCCGUAUCCUCGGUAUGCUUCCAUCACCAGGAACCUUCGCAGAGACCAUCAACAUUGACAGUAAAGAAGUGUUUCCAUGCCCGGAGCACUUGACUGAUUCUGAAGCUGCUGCUAUUCCACUUGCUGGUUUGACUGCUUACAGAGCCUUGUUCUCGAAAUGUCAAGCUCAAAAAGGUGAUUACGUUCUGGUUACCGGUAUUGGUGGCGGUGUAGCACUUUUUGCAUUACGAUUCGCAGUUGCUGUUGGAGCCCAUGUCUAUGUUACAUCAUCCAACCCUGACAAGAUCAAGUUUGCCAAAGAAUUGGGUGCUGAAGGCGGUGUCAACUACAAAGAUCCCAAUGCGAUUGAAGAUUUGAAGAAGCAGCUUAACGGAAAGUUAAUCAAUGCUGUCGUCGAUGGAUCAGGCGGCAAAUUGUUUGAAAAGCUUCCAGAAGCUAUGGCACAAGGCGGUAUCAUUGCCCAGUACGGUGAUACUGCCAGUCCACAGGGCGUCUCGUUUACCAGGGAUUUGUGGGGACGAAACUGCGAACUGAAAGGUUCGACUAUGGGAUCGCGUGCAGAAUUCGCCAAAAUGCUUGAAUUCAUCGAUAAGAACAAAGUGCGCCCUGUGGUCUCUCAUUCUUUCAAGGGAUUGACGCAAGAGAAUCUUGACAAGUCAGUCUCGCUCUUGGCUCAUGGUCAGCAAUUGGGCAAAGUUGUUAUUGAAAUCUAA